CCCCACCUUUUCUGUGUCCUUCAUCUCUUUCUCUCUCUAACUCCCACGCUCUCGCCCACCCCUGUACAGUGACCUUCCGCUAGCUAGGGUUUCCCAACACAUCCCCGGACCUUUGAUGCCGUGAAAGCUAAUUGGAUCUAUACUCGUCCCUCCGGGGUCUCCUUUCGAGCCCGGCAUCGGUGGUUCGGCCUCAUUAUUCGUUGCCGGUGCUGGAUAUUAGGGUUUUGAUUGAAUGCGGGACGAUCACAGAUCUCCCUUACGGUGUUGUGUUGACCAAGGACUUCCUUAUUUGCUGGAAUCAUAAGAUUUAUUUUAGAUACCAUUGCUACAGCUUUCAGGUUUUUAUUUUUGCACUAUAUGACUUCAGAAAGUUUGGAAGAAGAAGGCAUACUUCCAAAGAUACAUUCAUCAUUAAUCCUAUAUGAGUUCAAGAUCAAACACCGGCUAUAGUGGAUCACUCACUAGCAUUUCAGUAGAUAUCUCCUCAUUACAUGAGGUUUUUCUCCGUAUACGCCGCCGCUAGUGGGGAGCAUGCGCAGUAUCCGUGUUUUGGGUGAUGCCCCUGACCAGAGUUGCCACCGAUGUAUUCGGUGUGGUGACCAUUGCCCUCGUCACUUUAACCUCCAUCUUGGGAUUACUGUGCAUCUAUCGCUGCGUCUAUUUUCAUCUACAGAUCCAAAGACGAGGCUUCUCCCACCUCAGCUAUUUUAACGGUCCCUGGAUCAUUCGAAUUCUCAUAAUUAUCAUUUCAAUCUGGUGCGGAUUCGGUGAGAUUGUCAGAUUAAGUUUCCUAAGAGGGACAGGAAAGCCUUUCUCUAGCAUUAGAUGGCAGAAGUAUGGUUGCAAGUUUUACAUCCUCUCAAAUCUUGGCUUUGCGGAACCCAUUAUCUUUCUCAUACUUGCUUUCUUACUCCAUGCCGCACUCCAGAAGAGGGAGUCGGGCUCUCUGAGUCAGAGAUGGAACAGGAAGACAUUUUUCUAUGCCAUCCUUCUGUGCAUUCCGGUAUUCAUCCUUCAACUGGUCUUCGUUUUAUUAGGACCCGAGUUUAACAAGGAUGAGAUACCUAGAACGAGAAAGAAGAUGGCCAAAUUCUUCAUGACCACAUCUUUGGUGAAUAAUAGGAGCAUAUGCACUUAUCCUCUUCUUAGCACUAUAAUUUUAGGGUUAUUAUACUUUCUUGUGAUAUGUUAUGUAGUCUACAUUGGAAGCCGGUUGCUCUCGUUGGUGAUCAACAAGAGAUUGAGAAUGAGGGUUUACUUCCUCGCUCUAUCAGUUAUCCUCUUCCUUCCUCUAAGGGUGCUUUUGCUUGGAUUCUCAGUGAUGCCUCAUGCAGGAAAUCUGGCUUAUGAGGUGCUUAUAUUCUUGGCCUUCCUCAUGCUUUUGUUCUGCAAUAUGAUAGGCAUCUGCAUGCUUGUCUACCUCCCUGUAGCGGAUUCUCUGAUCUUGCGAGACAUUGAACAAAAUAUUGGUGAAAUGAAUGAGACACCUUACGAUGACUACUUUCAUGAAGAUGCUUCACUGAUAGCUAACCAGAGCCAUCAAGAUGCCUCAAGGAAUUCGGAUGCGUCGACUAAGCGGGGUUCGAUAUCAUUCCGGACCAUGAUCAAGGAUGAUUCUCCUGUGCUGGAUGGUAUUGAGGAAGGCCGGCCUAGCCCUUUUGCAACCCUUCAGAUUGUUUCGCCUGUAGGGUCUUCUUCUGCGUACAGGGAAGUGGAGACUCCAUUAUACUAGGGAAGAACUGCACUCUUUCCUCUUUUUUUUUUUCCAACUUUUUAUUCACCUUUUUGUAGUUUAGUGAUCAGUUUUUGGUAAAGAAAACGUUUUAUGUAAAGAAUUUUAGUAUUUGAUCCCCAUUCGAGCGAGUAUGGCGUGGUUUUAUAGGUGAAAUUGCUAAUUUUAUUUUC